AAGAAAAGACCUUGUGUGUUCUCUAGUUGCAAGGGGGAAGAGUGACCACCAUUGUAUUUCAUUUCAAGAUGAUUUUGAAAGGAGAAAAUAAGAAAGUGAAGUUCUUUGAAGAAGAAUCAAGUUAGGUAAGUUUCAAUCUUGUUGUUUGCGUGUGUGUGUCAGCUUCUCUUGUUUUAUAAUUAUUAUAUUUAGUAUGGUUCAUCAUCUCAGCAUCAAUCAGUGAGACCAAGAGGGGUUUUGUUUGUUGUUUCAUUUCAAAUCAUACAAAAGAGUUUCAAAAAAAAAAAAUGAUAAAUUAUUAACACCGAACAACAACAACCUGCUACAGUCUUUUAGUGCUAGUAUUUUGUCUUGAAUCUGAUGAAGAACAACAAAAAGUAGAGACCUGGGUUAAGAAAGGGAGAAUAUGGUUUUUGGUUGUUCUUUUAUGAUCUGUGGAAUGUUAGAAAACAAAGAGAAUAGGUUGUUUUUUGGCCAUAGUCACUUGAAGAUGUCUUGGAUUCAUCAGCAAAUGAAGCAACAAGAUGGUCUUUUGCCAUACCCACCUCCACUCUCUCCUUCAUAUUCAUCUGCAUCUCCAUAUACAACUGCUACUGGAAGUUCUUUUCAUAAAGAGUCAUCAAGUCCUUCAUAUUCAUCUGGUACAAGAAUAAGUCCUGCUGUUCUUUUUAUUAUAGUCAUUUUGGCUGUACUAUUUUUCAUAUCUGGUCUUCUCCAUUUGCUUGUUCGAUUCCUCAUAAAGCACCCUUCUUCUUCAGCUUCUAAUCAAUCUAAUAGUAGAUACCCUGAAAUUUCUGGUUCUGAUGCUCUUCAGAGGCAGCUACAACAGCUUUUCCAUCUUCAUGAUUCUGGUUUGGAUCAGGCUUUUAUAGAUGCACUUCCUGUUUUCUUGUACAAAGAGAUUGUUGGUCUAAAAGAGCCAUUUGAUUGUGCUGUCUGUUUAUGUGAAUUUUCCGAGAAGGAUAAGCUGAGAUUACUUCCUAUGUGUAGCCAUGCUUUCCAUAUUAAUUGUAUAGACACUUGGCUACUUUCGAACUCGACAUGUCCUCUUUGUAGAGGAACCCUUUUCACUGCAGGGUUUUCUAUUGAGAACCCAAUUUUUGAUUUUGAUGAUUUGAGGGAAGAAGAUGGGGUUCCUGGUUGUGGAGAACAUGGAUUCACUUCUAGACAAAAAACUGUGGAAAUUGAAGAAGUUGUUGUUGAUAAGGGUGUUGUACCUGUGAGACUUGGUAAAUUUAGAAGACUAAAUGGUGGUGAAGGGGAGGCAGGAGGUGAAACUAGUAGUAGCAGUUUAGAUGCAAGAAGAUGUUUCUCAAUGGGUUCAUAUCAGUAUGUGCUUGGUGAAUCAGACCUGAGGGUUCCAUUGUGCAUUGAUCAGCGUGGAUGCGAUUUAAAGCUUGGUAGAGAUACAAAAGACAAUGGGAAUUCUUCAGUUGAUGAGGAUGUGGAGGCGAAAAAGAUCAGUAACAUGGCUAAAGGUGAGAGUUUUUCUGUUUCCAAGAUCUGGCUUUGGCCUAAGAAGGGAAAAUUUUCAAGUUCGACAGAUGCCGAAAUGGGCAUGCCUUCGUCUCUUAAAAUGGAUUUGCCAUGGAUGGAGAGAACAGAAGAAAAGUGAAGGUAUACUUUUCUUUGCUUGUUUCAGUCUAUCGAUCAAAGUACCAUUGUCAUGCCUUUGUUUAGCUUUUCUUUCUGAAAAUUUUUGGGGUGCUAAUUAAAAUAUUCAAAGUGCUGGUUAUGGAAUACUGAAACCUAAGCAUCAAUUCCUCUUUUAAAGAUAGGUUUUACCAUAGAAUGACAAAAUAGAAUUCAUGUAGGUGACCAAGUAGUUGACAGAUGUUGAGGCUGUGGUGUUAUUGUUAUUCAUGUUGCGCGGAUGAUUUCAUGAUGUAUUUUCCUAUA